GCGGGAGGAUAAAGUUACGGAGACUCUGAACAUCAACACCUUAAGCACAGAGUUGCUUCUGUCUGUGUGAAAAUGAGCAGCAGCGGUGCCCGAUGCAGGGCUGCAUCAGUUCCAGACACGGACACCGAUGACCGAGAACCAGCAGUGACCUUGAAGAAAGAGAUCGGACUCCUCAGUGCAUGUGGUAUUAUUGUGGGUAACAUUAUUGGGUCUGGGAUCUUUGUAAGUCCAAAGGGUGUUUUGGAAAACAGCAGCUCAGUGGGUCUGGCUCUCAUCGUGUGGACUCUCACUGGCGUCAUCACUGCCAUCAGUGCUCUGUGCUAUGCUGAACUGGGAGUCACAAUCCCAAAGUCAGGUGGAGACUAUUCCUAUGUUAAGGACAUCUUUGGAGGGCUAGCUGGGUUUCUAAGGCUGUGGAUUGCAGUGUUAGUGAUCUAUCCAACUAACCAGGCUGUGAUUGCCCUCACAUUUGCCAAUUACGCAUUGCAGCCUCUCUUCCCUUCCUGCUUUCCCCCAGAGAGAGCGCUGGGUCUGCUCGCCGCCGUCUGCCUGUUGCUGUUAACCUGGAUUAACUGCUUCAGUGUCCGCUGGGCGACGCGUGUACAGGAUGUGUUCACCACAGGCAAACUCCUCGCCCUCUGCCUCAUCAUCAUCAUGGGCAUUGUGCAGAUCUGCAAGGGUAAUUUUUAUUGGUUGGAGCCAGAACAUGCAUUUCAUCCUCUCCAACCCUAUGAUGUGGGUCGCAUUGCACUCGGUUUCCUUCAGGGCUCCUUUGCUUAUGCAGGCUGGAACUUUCUUAAUUAUGUAACAGAAGAGCUCAUUGACCCCUACAGGAACCUGCCUCGUGCAAUCUUCAUCUCAGUCCCUCUGGUUACUUUCAUCUAUGUAUUUGCGAAUAUUGCAUAUGUUACAGCUAUGAGCCCUCAGGAGCUGAUUGCCUCCAAUGCUGUUGCUGUGACAUUUGGUGAAAAGCUGCUUGGGGUGAUGUCAUGGAUCAUGCCCAUCUCUGUGGCUCUGUCCACCUUCGGAGGGGUUAAUGGGUCCCUUUUCACAUCAUCUAGGUUAUUCUUUGCAGGUGCCAGGGAAGGACAUCUUCCCCGUCUGUUGGCAAUGAUUCAUGUGAACCGCUGUACACCCAUCCCAGCUCUGAUUUUCACUUGUAUAUCAACUCUACUGAUGUUGUGCACUAGUGACAUAUACACCCUUAUCAACUAUGUUGGCUUCAUCAACUACCUGUUUUAUGGGGUCACUGUUGCCGGGCAGAUUGUGCUUCGCAUCAAAGAACCAGACAUACAUCGACCAAUCAAGGUGAGCUUGGCGUGGCCAGUAAUUUUCCUGAUUUUCUGGGCAUUCCUGCUGAUCUUCUCUCUGUACUCGGAGCCUGUGGUGUGUUGCAUUGGUCUGGCCAUUAUGUUGUCAGGUGUUCCUGUCUAUUUUUUAGGCAUCUAUUGGGAAAACAAGCCCGAGAGCUUCAACUCCUUUGUUGCUAAACUGACACACUUGGGGCAGAAGUUGUUCAUGGUGGUAUAUCCUGAUGGAGGCAGUGAAGACGGGAAUGAAGACGAAGCUGGAUAAGAUUGCAAGAAUUUAAUUUACUGAUUCAUUCAUGGAUAUUAAUUCAUCAGCUAAGCUUAAGCAAUGUGAAUUUGGUAGGUUAUGAAAAUGCAAAACAAACAUGCACGUACAGUGUGGAGGAUAAUGUAAUGGCUAAGAAGUAUUUUUCAUUUGAAAGACUGGCACUGGAAAGUAACAUUCUAGGUGCAAUACUGCCACCAAUUGGCAAGAUUGUUAGAUACAAUAUGAAUAUUGUUGCGGUGACUGUUAUGGUUAAUUUUGUAUUUUUAUAUUGAGCAUAUUAUUGUACUCUUUCCGUCAGUCUCUGAUGUUUGUAUUACCUAAAUUGUAUACUCUAUUGUAAAAAGGUUGAAUAAUCCUGAAGAUAAUGUUU